UCUUUCAAUUAUUGCCAUUGCCAGUCUCUGUUUGGCUGUUUGCAACCGACUAUCAAAGUCGAGUUAUCGUUCCCUUUCGUUUUCAUAUUUUAUCUUUGGAAAAUCUGAUAGUUUUACUACCGAAAAGAUUGCCGUCAGCUUUUAUUAACUCUUUUACGCAUCAUGAGUACUAGAAAUGCUGUUUACAAAAUGUCAGGCCUGAAGUUUGCCAGCUCAGCCAAAGCCAGAGCUCAACGAAUUGAUGAGCAAAACGGCAAACGUCGAACUGCUAGGCAAGCAAAGAAUGAUGCAAAGAGGGGAGGGCUUACUGAAAUUGAUCCAAAUAUUUUGAAGGGUGAUCCUAACACAAAUGCUAAAGAUUCAGUUGUGCCUGCUCCAAUUCAAGAUCAAAAGUUGCAAGAUAAAUUAAAGUUAGAAGAUAGGUUGGCAAGAUUGAAAUUAUGGCGUGAAAAAAAGACAGCAACAGAAGAAAAGGCCAGAGCCAAUAAAAGAGCACCUUUUCUUGUACCAGGAGUGACAAGAACUACUAAAGUGGUUGAAGCGGCUCCUUCAACUACUACAAAACAACCUAGCAAUAGAGUGACUAGAUCUCAGACUAAGAAGUUUGUUGAAACUGGGACUGUCACAAAGAAUUCAACUUUGCCGUUGAAAAAGGAAACAAAAAAUUCUAAGAAAGAAAAUGAAUCAUUUGCACCCCAAGGAUUUGUGUUCACUGCUCCUAAAGAACUAGCAGUGAAAGAUAUUGAGUUUCAAGAUUCAGUUCCUGUACAGAGUACAGAUUCUAAUCUUCCUUCCCGAACACCAAAGAGAACAUCUAUUGGUGCUGAAAAUGAAGAAAUCAAAAUAUCUCCACUCGUGUUUCAUCAUCCAUGGAUUUCAACAACUAGAGGCUCUUCAUCCAAAAAACAAAGAAUGAGUCUAGAAACAGCUUCAAAUGAAGAUUCUCUAUCAUCUCCUGUUCUGAAAAAGAGAUCGACCAGAAAAUCUGUUAUAGAACUCAGCAAUCCAGAUGCUCUACGCUUUAGAGCUUUGAUGGCAAGUGAAGGGAGUCGUCUAACAGAUCUCUGCAAUAGCUAUGACGAGCUUCUUUCCAGUGAUGAGAUACCAGAAGAGGAAAGUGGUGCUGUUCGCACCGUCAUUGGUCAAGCCCAUCUUCUGCAACGUGAGCGCUUUACACAAUUUGCAGGUCUUGUUAAUGACUUCGAAAACAAAACUGGGGAAAAGGAGAUAACUCCAACGGAUUUAGAAGGAUUUUGGGAGAUGAUUUAUCUUCAGGUUUCAGAUGUGGACAAGAAAUUUGCUGAUUUGGCGAAAUUGAAAGAAAAUUCUUGGGUCCGUAGUGAAGAUACACCUGAAGUGAACAAAAAAACUGACCGGAAAGCUGGGAACAAAAAGAAAGCGCCCGUGGUACAACGUCCAGUUAAAUCGAACAUGCGUGCUCUUAUCGCUGCUGCACGAAAAAAACAACUCGCAGAAAAGGGUUCUGGGUCUCCUUCAGUAAAAAGAAGUUCACUGAUAAUGUCUCCUGUAAGAACACCCGGCAAACGGCAAUCUCUAAGACGAUCGGUAUUACUUAACUCGGCCAAGAAGCCUGUGUUCAUCGUUACAGAUAUUGCUCCUGCUAAUCCCGAAGAACCAGCCGAAUUUACUCCUGGUCACAAGAAAACAUUUGGCCGUCAAGUUGAGAAUGCUGUCGAGUCCACAAGCCCAGAAAAGCAUUUGUCUGGAGCAGUUGACGCAGUAAAAAGCGAAACUGAAUGUCUUGAUCGCGUGACGCCACUGAAAGUUUUCCUAUCUCCCCGUGAAAGCUUACGUAGAAAUAUUCAAUCAAAAGACUUACAUUUGGUCGAUUUGGAUAACGACGAACCUGCUGUUCAAGAGAUUGCUACCCCACGUCGUAGCACUAGGCUUCGUGGUCUCAACAAUAGCCCUGUUGUACCAACAGCAGGUCGAGUCAGCCUUCUUUCUGGUACCUCCGUUUCUCCCGUUAUUCCUAGCGAGAAUUUAAUUUCUUUGGAUUAAUCAAUUUUUUUAAAUUACUGAAUGUGUCGAAUCUUUGUAAAGUGUAUUUUGCUUCUUUUCAUUCCUUCAUAAAUAAGGUUAGCGUGCGCCUUAGUAAUGUGUCAAGUUUGCUGGACGAAUAUAAAUUGCAAUCAGUGAGAAAA